AUGAAAGCACAAGAUAUCUCAUCGGUUGAAUGUCUUCUUGAGAUCAACAACAUCUUUGCUUUCUUAGAACUUGAUUCAGACGAUCUCAUUCAAUUGAAGAGAAAAGCAGGAAUUUAUCUUAAUGAUGGUAGUUAUAUGCUGAAGAAAGGAAUAAUGUACAAGGUUGAAAAUUUUCUUCGUUCUCUUCGUACUCUAAAUCAACAGUAUUCAAUUGCUAACCUCCAUCACAAUUGCUUUGCUUCAUCUGAUGUAAUUAUUUCUAAUGAUGUUUUACAAAGAUUUCCAUUUAUUCGAACAAUUAUUACCUAUGAAAAAAUCAUUAUGUCCAGCAAAAUUGAUUUAACAUUUUUAAAUAUUAUUUUAAAGAAUAUAUUCAACAAUUUAAUCAGUGAUGAAAGAGGUUACCGCUAUGAUAAUAUUGUUCGACAAUUUGCAGCCAGCAUUUAUAUUCUUGGAGGUCGUACAACAUAUGAUUUUUUACGUUUAAAUAUUCCUGCACUUCUUCCAAGUGUACAAAUCAUUCAAUCGUAUAUUGCUGCUUCAGAAAACCAUUUAAUUGAAGGAUUAUUUAAUUAUAAUCGCAUUCGUGAUCAUUUUAAUUUAAAUCAAUCAACAUUAGGUUUUUGUGUUGAAGAUUGUACAGCAGUUGUUCCAAAAAUUACAUAUGAUACUUUGUCAAAUCCAUUCAUUGGUUUUGCACGUCCACUCGAUGCUAAUGGAAUUCCUGUUGCUGACUCAUUCUCGACAGAAUCAUUCGCUCGUUUCGAAUGUUGCACUUCGACUUUAUCAUCAACUAAAUCAUUAAACGCUUUUGUCAUUCAACCGCUUUCAUCUUCAUCCAACCAUAUCUCGCCUUAUCUACUUGCUGCUUUCGGAACAGACGGCAAGUUUACAACAGCAGAUGUUUUAUCUCGUUGGCAUCAUAUUUAUCAAGAAUCCAAAAAAAAGAUGUUCGCAUCAUAG